AUGGGGAGAACGGAGCCGCCAUUCAUUUACGAUCGUCCCUCAACCUACAACUUUGAUGGCCCAAUCGACCGCGGCUUCAAUCCAAAGGCCGUCACGCAAGCGAGCUGGGCGCCAGCGUCGCCUACCAAACCUCGACCCGAAGGCCCGAUGAUUACAUUCAAUAGACAUCCAGAUACGGUACGUGCGCAUGAUCGUGAUAUAUUCUAUCAAGUUCUUAUGGAUACUAAUAAUACCGUAGUGGGGAAGCCUCGACCAGAAGAGACAGCACUACAAGCCCAUGAGCCCAAAGACAAAGACUUGGGUGAAAGGUUUGCGUGGAUCUCAGUUGGGUCUCCGAAUCAUCACCCUGCUUGGGGCGCUGGCGUCGCUGUUCUGCGCAAUUGUCAUCAAGAAUGCUGCGACAUCGACCAUCUGGAUUAUGCGGGCUGGCGUAGUUAUGGCGUUUUCUCUGCUAUCCUUGACGCCGGUCUGAUUCCCUUCUAUGUGUUUACCGCAUUUGUGUCCUAUGACAAUCUUACCACGAAUGACUACCAUUGGGGCACUCUGUUCCAGGAUGACCAAGCUACCAUUGACAUUGCCAAUGCGACUUUCAUCUGUGCUUGUGCUAAUGCAGGACUGCAUGCCGUCUCAUUUGGCCUCUCCAUUGCCAUCGCCAUCAUCUUCCGCAAGAUUUCCUCCAUGCCUCCCGAUAUGAACCCCCUCGAGGACAACCUGACGGCACGCCCUCGUAAGAAUCGCAAGCGCAUGGAGCCGAACGAAAAACAUUGGAGUUCGUCCACGCUGAAUGACAAUGCCCAGGAUCCGCUCAUGGAUGCCCCUCGCACCAUUCCUUUCACGCACACUCGUGAACAAUCUCUAGGAGGCCAAACAAUCCACGGAUCGCCCGAAUUGAUGAGUGAGAAGCGCAUGUCUCAAAUCUCCGCAAAGGCUCCCCAGCUCCCUGAGAUCGAGCCCUCCAGCCCGGCAGAUACGCUUUUCAACUCUGAUGGCCCUCCAUUCGGUCGACUUGGAGACACUUUAGCCCCGGAGUACCGCAAAGUGGCUUCCCACUCGCCUGUUUUCGGAGACGCCAGUCUCCACACUCGUCACUUGGAAUCCCGAACCGCAGACCGAUCAGAGUCCGUCAGCCCUGUUUCUGACAACUGGGUUGCUCACUCCGAACGCGCCGUUUCUCCCUUGGCCGAUGAGCAGAACCAGCUCGCUCAAAACAACGGAACACUCCGCCAGUCGUCCUCCGUGUAUAGCCGUCGAACUGACAAGUCAACUACAUCCGUCGGUAGCGGUAUCCGAGAUUGGUUUGCAUAUGGUACGAAGCCUGCGCCUAGUAUUGGUAGUGCAAUUCCGGAAGAUGCGCGGGGUGAAUAUGCUUCAUUGGCAAUGCAUGAGUACUACGGUCAAGAGGACGGCAAGGAUGAGCAGGACCUUGGCGACCGUCGCUUCAACAUCUUCCCCGACCCAGAGGAGCAUGAUACUGACAAGGAGGAUGACCGUGGAAACAUCCCAUUCAACCCUCUCAUGUUGAACCCCCCAACCCCACAGCCCGUUCUCACCGAAAUGGCCGAAAACACAGACCCUGUCCGCCGCUACGCACCCAGCGAUAACCCCAACUCGCAGAAUCAGCAACCCCAGGUCGUUAUUCCAGCUGAGGGCUUUGUUGGCUCUCCACCAUCUCCAUCAAAGGGUAGGUUCUAUGGCGACCUGGAGGAAGAAGGGAAGGUAGUCCUGGGCCAGCUCCGCGAUCCUAGCGGUCAGCAAAUGCCCAAGCGCAAGUUGACCAAAAUCUCCAAAAAGCGCAGCAAGAUGUCUGCCUAUGAAUCUCUGAAGAAGGACGACAGCGACGAUGAGGAUGGCGUUGGCGGCCGAGCUGCCAAUGCACCUGUUUCUAAGGAGGGGGACCGCAAGGGCCGCGUGGUCAGCAACUCGGGCGCCGACACUGCCCGCCUGGAAUCAUCGGUGGUGUUGGCGCUUCGCUGUCAUCGUACGGUAGCUAUAUUGCCGGACUGGGCGUUGGUCGACGUCGCGAUGUUAGUGGGAAGGUAG